UCAUUUGUGCUUUGGUAAAUCAGUGUUUCAAUGUUUUGUGCGUGUUAAUUUAAUAAGAAUAUAAUUGUGGUUAAAUAAAUCUAUAUAUGUACAUUCUUGUUUGUUGUAAUCUAUAAAAUUUGUGCUGUAUACUUACGUGAAGACGGAUGAUAGUUUAUUAUUGAUAAAAAUCUUCACGAUGAUUGCAUUAACGGACGACGUAUACAAAUUAUUCGAUGGCGUCACAGAGGAAGUAUCCCGAAACGUCCGUCACCUAAUGCAGCAGCUAUGGCUGAACUGGUCCCACGUCGGUGUGGAAUACGACGUGAAGGUGAAAAACAUAUACAAGCUGGUGCAGAUUGAGAAGGACCUCCACAGUGAUGUGUUGGAUGAGACUAAACAGAAACUUAAGACCAUGCAACAGCAAGUUGAAGAAUUAAAAGACGAGACCAAGAAACUGAGCCAGUACCUGUCUGUUGACAUCAGUAUUAUGGAGUACAAGGAUGACAUGAUGCUGUUUGAGUAUAAGAAAGAGCUGGAAGACCAGAUUAUGGGAUAUAGGGAACAGAUGGAGCAGCGGCGCACUGAAAUCAACCGCCUGCUGGAAUGGCAGCAUGAUCUGACGGAGAAACUCGGAGUCACCUUCCACGAGCUGCAGGACAUCCCGCUCCCGCCCCAAGACGAGUUGGACAAGUUGAGGAACCAUCUUGAAGUGCUGCAGUCAGAGAGGGACAAGCGAUCUGAGAUAUUUCUGCACACGCAGAUUGAAAUUAAGGAUAUCAUGGACAAACUGCAAAUCAGACCACAGAGCAAGUUUGAGCAUGUGGUGGUCAGCUCCCUGUCUGUUGACUUCAAGGUGACAGAUCUGAACAUGGACCGCCUGGCCAAGCUGCGGCAGGACUUGCAGGAGAAGUAUGACCAGACCAACAACCGGGUAUUAGAACUGCGCGAGCGCCUGUCCAAGCUGUGGGAGUGUUUGGACGAAGACCAGAUAUACCGAGACAACUUCCUGCAGGCCCACCCGGGGUGCCAUCCGGCCACUGAAACCGCAAUUAAAGAGGAGAUCAAGCGUUGUGAGCAGAUCAAGAAGCAGAAGAUUCAGGUGUUUGUAGCGAACAUGCGUACGAAGAUCAAGCUCAUGUGGGACAACAUCAUGUACUCGAGCCGGCAGCGAGAGGAGUUCGUCCACUAUUACCAGGACAUCUUCUCUGAAGACACACUCACACUGCAUGAAAUUUAUCUGGACAAGAUUACUAACUACUACAAUGAGCACAAGCACAUUUUCGAGUUGGUGGUGACGCGUAAGAACCUCUGGCUGAAGCAAGCCGAGAUGGACGCGCGCGCCUCCGAGCCGGGCCGCUACCACAACCGCGGGGGGAAUCUGCUGAGAGAGGAAAAGGAAAGGAAAGCUAUCGAAAUUAAUCUCCCUAAAAUUGAGGCCCAACUUCGCGAGGUAGUAACAGAGUACGAGGCGAAAACCGGCAGCACCUUCACCGUGGACGGAGCGCCUCUCCUGCAGCUUAUCGAGGACGAAAAGGAGUCGAGGAAAGCUGAGCGUCACAACAAGCUAUCUGCGCGCAAGCAGGCGCUGACGCCGACCAACCCGCUGUUCCGCUCGCUGGCCACGUCGCCGCUCGGCAAGCGCAACCGCACCGCCGCGCAGCUCGCGCUCACCGCAGAGAGGAACAGGCCGGCCUCGAAGCGCCAGCUGAUCACCGGCAGCGCCACCAAGGCCGUGUCGGCGUUCACUCACAAUCUGUCUGCGUUGAAGAGAUCAGCCAUUUCUACUGUUAAGAGGCGAGUCAGCGGCCGACUAGCCACGAAGGCCAUAGUGGCGAAGGCGGAAAACCACGGCGCCACCGUCAAGAGGAAGCUGGACUACGGCGCCGAAGUGCCCAAGGCGCCCAAAGCGCCCAAAGCGAACGGCAGCAUUCUCCAGCACAAGCGCUCGUCUGUCGGCAAGCGACGCAGCGGCGGGCGGCGCUCGACCGGCCGCGGCGACACCCACGCCGUGCAUGCGAAAAAGAACCCUCUUAUGGAGACCACACAGCUCACAUCAUACACUGACUUCAAGGAAGACAUAGAUGAGAAAAAAAUAAGCCGCAGCUCCAUGGUACCGAAGCCCCUAGACAGCGUCCCCAUGAUCGUAUGCGAAGAUAUCGAGGAACUAAACUCCCCCCAAUCUCAAAAAAAAAGUCCAACCAAAACGGCGCCCAUGACCCCAAAAACGGGAAAAGAAAAUAAACAACACGCUGUACCUUUAACACCUAAGACUAAUCUUGUGUACACUCCCACUAGACUAACUAGAUCGGCUUUAAAACUGAAUAAUGAUGGUUUCGCUACACCCCGAGCGCCGCUCAGCGCCGCCAAGCAAAACAUUCACAGAACAAAUUCCACCAACAACUUGGCUUUCAAGAACACGCCUAGCAAUAUGUUGCGAUCUAAACCACAGGCGGGUCUAGUGAGAACGCCUAAGCCUUUUGUUUAAAAUACUGUUAAUAUACCAUCCUAAAGACACACACAACUGUGUUUAUUGGAUACGAUGGCAGUGAGCAUGUCUACACAUAUAAUUUUGUACUGAA